CAACACCAUCACCAAGUGACUCUACAUCAUCACCAAGUCACUCUCAACAUCAUCAUCAGGUGAUUCAUCACCAUCACCACCAAGCCACUCUCAACACCAUCACCAGGUGACUCAACACCAUCACCACCAAGUGACUCUCAACAUCACCAAGUCACUCUCAACAUCACCAAGUCACUCUAUAUCACCACCAAGUCACUCUACACCAUCACCAAGUCACUCUACACCACCACCAAGUCACUCUACAUCACCACCAAGUCACUCUACACCACCCCCAGUUACCGUCACUCUCAACGCCCGCCACCACCAGCACUGCCAUCACCGACAGCAGAGGCGGACGGUAUCGUUUGUAACCCCUUGUGGGGCCUCUGACUCGGCCAACCACCAUGGACAUCGUGCUGCAGUACGCUGACUCGCGGGUGCUCACGCCGUACGUGUACCCGGCGUGGUGGGCAGAGGACGACCCCGUGCGCCAGACCCUGAGCCUCCUCCUCGUCACCAACUUGGGCGGCGUCGCCAUCUACUUAAUCUUCGCCACGCUCAGCUACUACCUCAUCUUCGAUCACAAGCUUAUGAGCCACCCGCUGUUUCUGGAGAACCAGGUGCGCAAGGAGAUAAAGUACGCAGUACAGUCCAUGCCUUGGAUCAGCAUCCCUACGGUCGCGCUGUUCUUCUUGGAGGUCAGAGGUUACAGCCGACUCUACGACAGCCUCGACAAUUCAGCUUUCGGAUUGCUGGGCGUGCUGUUCAGCAUGCUGUCGUUCCUGCUUUUCACCGACAUGGUCAUAUACUGGAUACACCGCGUUCUCCACCACAAGUCCAUCUACAAGACGUUACACAAGCCGCACCACAAGUGGAAGGUGCCGACGCCGUUCGCGAGCCAUGCCUUCCACCCCAUCGACGGCUUCAUGCAGAGCCUGCCCUACCACAUCUACCCCUUCCUCUUCCCGCUGCACAAGGGCGUCUACCUGGGCCUCUACAUCUUCGUUAACAUCUGGACGGUGUCGAUCCACGACGGCGACUACCGCGUGCCGCAGAUCCUGCGGGAUGUCAUCAACGGCUCGGCGCACCACACCGACCACCACCUCUACUUCGAGUGCAACUACGGGCAGUACUUCACGCUGUGGGACCGCCUGGCGGGAUCAUACAAGCACCCCAGUGCUUUCGAGGGAAAAGGUCCACACGAUUAUCUGCGUGUGGACCUGCUGCAGACCGACAAGUUGGAGUCAUCAGAGGGAGCGGUACACAACGGGCACCCUGUGCCAGCUGCCAGUCCUGCUGGGAGUAAGAAGAAAGAGUGAACGUAAAGAGAGACUUGGCUUGAGCCUGGAUUGCAGUCUGUCUGGAGUGCGUCGAGCCAGCGAAAGCAUGACCUUGGGACUUCAUCACCAAACAUGAAUCGCUGUGUGACCUUGCAUUCUUGACCAGAUCAACCUUGCAUGAAGAGAUUCUCCCCCCAACAGAUUGCCUUUUGUGAUUGACCAUGGUAGAGUAAAUGUUUGUUUAGAAUUUACCCGAUUGUAAGCGAGCUAACGUUGCACAUUUGCCAUCACCAGGUAAUUUUACAUGCUGCAAAUUUCAGUUUAAAUCUCUUUUGAGGCUGAGGUACGCUGAAAUAUGACUGCAAGUAAAAAAAAUGUUGAGCUCAUCGCAAAUUUUUUGUUCGUAAUUUAUGUGUUUAAUGCCUUGAUCUCUUAUUUUUUUAUGAAAGAAACUUGCUUAACAUGGAUGUAAAUCCUUCAUGGAGUUCGUUGUGAAUAGAUUUACGAAAAAAUAUAUUAUACUGUAGUAGUCAUUCGUUUUUGUGGGUCACACAUUUUCGUGUGUAUACUGGAGAUGCUGCAUCUAAUGAUUCUGUGGGAAAAUGUACCUUUGUCUGCAAGUGUAUUGUGUAUAUAAAAUAUAUUUGGCAUCAAGAUUCAUUGGUUUUCUGCGCAAGUUACAAUAAAAAAUAGAAGCAUAAAUGAA